UUUUUGCAUGGAAUCCAGUCUCCGUCACCACAUUCGAUGGUCGAUGUUUCCUCAUGUGUCAGACAGAUUUCAUACGGCACCGGCUUGUUUACUUAGCUCCUCCUUCAACUGCAUUCUCUCAGUAGUUUCGAUCUCAAGCUCUCGCUUGGUUCCGUGAGAGCGUCUUAUUGCGUUGCUUUUGUCUGUGGAGUGUUGUUGAGGAGGUCUGCAUUGUUUAAGAUUUUGUGCGGGUGAGUGUUGUGAGGAGGCUGUUUCGUGAAAAUGUGUUACGAGGGAGUGCCCGGCAGCAAUGACCAUCGAAGAAGUUUGGAGAGGAGCGAGGGGGCUCGAGGAGCUGUUGUAUGGCAGGAGUCGCAGUUGAAGGAGGCUUUUGACAUGAUGGACCGAGAUGGAGAUGGGACUAUCAAGGCGGAAGACUUGUCGCAUUUUUUGCAGUAUUCACUCAAGAGUAAUCUUAGUUCGGAGGAGAUAGAGAAUAUGAUUUCUCUAGCUGACAGAGAUGGAAACGGUGCGGUGGACUUUGACGAGUUUAUGUCGCUUGUGAGUGCUCAUGUUCCUCAGGCGCCGGAGAGUCUCUCGUCGCUCGGGUACGAGGCGCUGAGGCAGAUAUUUCGUGUGUUGGACCGAAACGGCGAUGAUGUGUUGUGUUCGGAUGAUUUGAGCGGCGUGAUGGGAUCGUUAGGUCAGUGCUUGUCGUUGGAGGAUCUUUUGGCCAUGGUUGAGACUGCUACUGGCUCGGAUCAGCGGAAAGUCAACUUUGAAGACUUCUGCCAGCUGAUGAGUUCUGCAUUAGCGGAAUUGCGUUAUGUUGCUUCUCAAUCCGCUACUAUUCGGAUCUAAUUUCCGGAUUCAGACUACCUACCAGAGUAAUUAUGAAGCAUGAUAAUGGAUCUGCAUCAUUAUCCACGCCCGUGCCCAAACUCGUCACUGUUUGGAGGUAGACAGGACACGUGAAGUCGCCUUCACGUUUCUGGUGUUUCAUCUCGAUUUUCGCAGGUGACACCGUUGGAUCCUGUUACAGGAAGGUACCGUUCUAAAGGCUAGACGCGUGUGCAUUUUUCCAACGAAGACCUCAUCAAUGCUCCUACGGCACAAUUCUACAAAAGACGAAAAAAAAAACUUUCAGGGAGUGCACUCCUGUUUCAUACGAUUGUUCCAAGGCUUAGAACUAGUUCUUCCCUGAGUCACUGUACGCUAGAUGUAUUCGUUCUGGUCGGCUAUUAGAGCUCAGUGAUAUAGUUUCUGCUAUCUAAAUGGUUGUGAACUGCGCUACCGCCUUCACUUAUUGAGUUGGAAAACACAGCUUCCAUUCUAUAAAGAUUUUGUCCUUUCAAGAAGAAUCUA